AAUGACAUUUGUUUACUUCUAUUUUAUGUUUCAAAUCAAUAAAUUGUUUAUUGGGGAAGUACCAUUUAUGUACGCAACAUUAAAAGACUUAAAUAACAUGAUGGACCUACACAUUGAAAUAGAUUUCAAAAGAUAAAAAGAGUGAUUAUAAGCAAAUAUGGAUAAGAAUAUGGCAAUCAAAAAUUGGGACAGCCUAGAUAACUGGCAAAAAUUUGAUAUGUUUGGGUUAAUGUUUCUUGGAUCAAUACCUACUGCCACUUUUCCUCCAAGUACCAGUAUUUGUAAGUUCAGAGAAGAAUUUGCCAAGGCAAAACACAUAGUGGUCAUAACAGGAGCAGGAGUGAGUCAAGAGAGUGGUGUUCCAACAUUUAGGGGGCAGGAUGGUUAUUGGAGGAAUAAGAGAGUACAGGAAUUGGCUACAGUUGAACAGUUUGAGAAGAACCCAUCAAAGUUGUGGCAGUUUUACCAUUAUAGAAGAGAAGGCAUGGUCAAUAAACUUCCUAACAAGGCUCAUAUUGCAAUAUCUGAAUGUGAAAAGAGGCUGAAAUCUCAAGGAAGAAGAGUUGUAGUAAUAACACAGAAUACAGACGAACUUCACAAGAGAGCUGGGUCAGAAAAUAUUUUGGAGAUGCAUGGAAGUUUAUUUAAGAUUAGGUGUACCAAAUGUCAGGAUGUAACAGCAAACACAGAUAGUCCUAUAUGUCCUGCAUUGGCUGGCAAAGGAGCACCAGAUCUGGAAACAGAUGAGGACAAUAUACCAUUGGAUAAAUUACCGAGAUGUAAGAAAGCCGGUUGUGGAGGCCUUAUGAGACCUCAUGUUGUAUGGUUUGGUGAAGCUCUGGAUCCAUCUAUUUUAGCAAAAGCAGAAGCGGAAAUGGAAAAAUGUGAUCUGUGUCUUUUAAUAGGAACCUCCUCUGUUGUAAAACCAGUUUCAUUAUUUGGACCACGAUUAUCUAUCCUUGGUACCCCGGUAGCAGAGUUUAACACUGAAGAGACUCCAGUAACAAAAUCAUUAGGAUACCACUUUCAAGGACCAGCUUGCAUGCUUAUACCAGAAGCUCUUGCCAAACAUGAAUCUGAACCAGUGUGAUAAAACACAACUUUGAUAAUACUAAGAUAUACUAAAAGUUCCUGCCAGAAAAGAGUCUGGCUCUGAACUAGAUGGAUAAACAAUACUAUAUUAAUACAUUGUAUACAUUUGAAAGCUAUAACUGGAGAUAUCAGUGAGAACUAGAUGCAUCGAACAAACCUGUUCUAUUUUGUAUUAUGAGAAGCACUAUUUUUUUUGGAAAUUUGUUUAUUAUUAUGAAUAUAUGUAUUUUGAUAUUGAAGCUUUAUCAAUAUUUAAUUUGAUAUUAUAGCACAAUGAAUAUGAAUAUUUUUAUAUAGUUUACAAAUUUUAUAUACUGUUUUUCCUACAACAGAAAAGUUGUGAUAUUUUUUUUUAAGGCAACCUUCAUAUUUCACAUUGUUAACACUUUCAAGUCAUUUGGCCAAAUUGCUAUCAUUAAUAAAAAGUUUCAAAUAGAGAUAACUUUUUUGAUCAGAUGGGUAAGGGAGAUAACUAAUUUUUGUUAAUGGCCCUGCAACAAGUUGUCAGUGCCAUACAGCUUUACCCAUUAUUCCGUAAUUCUGAAAUUUAGAAAUUCCAAAAUUGCGUAAUUCUGUGAUUCUGUCUUUCCGCAACAAACCAUUAUACAGAGUUUCUUCUAAACGCCUUCAGAUAUUGGGCUGAUUUUUGGUAUGCGAGUUAACAAUGAUGGGUUACAGAUCAAAUGUUUCAUUCUGCUCCACUUAUUUUUGCAGAAAUACGGGCUUUGGACUUUAUGGAAAUUGUUGAAACUCACAAUUAUACCAACUUUUUUCCUAAACGCCUUCAGAUAUUGGGCUGAUUUUUGAUAUGCGAGUUAACCAUGUGAGUAACAGGCCUUCUUUAAUUAUGACCCGUUGAUAAGCUGAACAUCCAAAAUUGUCAACACGAGAAGGUUAUUUCAAUGAGGGCGAUUCUAAGGGACCACAAUUGUUUUACCAAACUAACAGUGUAGAAGUCUUUUGAACACUUUCUAUAUUUUUUAAACUUAAUAUAACUAAGUCAAAGACAAGCUGACGUUUGGAAAUACAUUUGUGUUCUAGAAUUUCUAGAAUGUACAACAAAGGUAGAAUCUUUUUGUAAAAUAUUACUCUAACAUGACGGUACCCAAAUUGCACCUAUUUUGACAGUUUUUUCACCUGCGUUUUUUAUGAUCUAGAAAUAAAUGUCCUUAGUGUGUUUAUUUUGUAGCCCUAUCCUUCUUUAUUGUAUAGGUACACCAAUUUCAUUUUCAAUCCAUAUGGAGUCAUAAAAAAAUGGGUUUGAAUCAACCUCCAAACUCCAUGAUUCUGUAAUGAGGAGUACCCAAAUUGCAUCCAUGCUUAAAAUCUCAUCGUCAAAAGUCGAAUAACCGAGCCUUUGUUUAAUUUCUUCAAAUUUUUUGAACAAUUAGAUAUUAGUCCAUGCUUACUCUUCAUAUUUUACGAAAUGGAUACUUAUAAUAAAUUGUAUUUGCCAAUUUUAAAAAGAUGACGUUUUGAUGACGUCGCAUGAUGACGUUUUCGGACAUUUUGCUUUUUCAGUAAACAGUCCAUCUGUUGAUAAAUACUGUGAACGUUUUGUGUAUAUCUAAAUAUGUUUACCUAUGUUGAAAGACGUACAUAGUAUCAAAUCAUAAAAUUACAAAUUGUUUAGACUCUAGGAAGACUUUUGUAAGAUUUCCGUUGCUAUUUUUACUAAAUAGGUGCAAUUUGGGUACUCGGUGCAAUUUGAGUACCCUUACGUUAUACGAGCUAUCAUCAGCUGCUGGCACUUUAUUCAUGUCUAAUGCCUUGUCUCUCGGUGGGCUUCUAGUGUAUCGUGAAUGUAGCCAUUUUCUAUAUUUACGUCUGUGACGUCAUUUUCAUGGGAGAUAACUCAAGUACAAAUUAACAAUCUCAAAAGGUUAUUCGCCGGUGAAUAAUCAUAAUAGGGUUAUUCACCGCUGGAGGAAAAUUUUAGGGUUAUUUGUCCUUCCUUGCAAUUAAACGAAAAACAACUGAAUUAUUCCAUGUCACAUGAUAACGUUUCACCCAAUUGAAUUGUUUAAAAUAUAUGUAAGGUAUAAUAAUAAGUUUUGUUCCGCUCCACUUAUUUUUGCAGAAACUACGGGUUUUGGACUUUAUUGAAAUCACAGUUAUACCAACUUUUUUUCUAAACUCCUUCAGAUAUUGGCCUGAUUUUUUAUAUGUGAGACUACCAUCAUGUUUGUGUCCACAUCUAUUUAUAUUGAAAUUGCAGAUUUUACAGUUUUUAAGGACGGCCCAACCGUGUCGCUUUGACACAUCUAGUUUUUAUUUGUUAAUGUCAAUAUGCAUCUAUCAUCUAGACUACAUUGUAUUUCAAGUUCAUUCAUGAAUAAUGCAC